AUGCACCAGCACACUUGUGAAUUCGCGCGAGCCUUAAGUCUGCACAAUAUCGACGGAGGUGACUACGCCGGAUUUCGCGACGAAGCACGGUCCGACGAAGACCGAAAAGGGUUCUGGCAAUUAAUUCAAAUCGACCUUAGCGUUCGCCUUGUGCUGAACAAACCGCCUCUGAUUACAGCAGAUACAUGGAAGGUUAACCUCCCUUGGCUCAAUAGCUCACAACCACCGGCGGAUAUGUAUGCGACUGCCUUCAUCAUUCACUCCCGGAUGACAUUGAUCGUAAUGCACUUCUUCGCGAUACUAGACGAAACUGGCAUAGGCGAUAGAGAAUUGCAGCGCUGCACUGAAGAAUUAUGCCAUGAAAUCAAGGUUAUGUUACUUGACUGGCAGGCUGGAGACUGGCUUCUUGCACCUUCCGCUCAUAAGAGUGAAGUUUUUACCAAAACAGACGUUUUGAUCACCGGCUACACCUUUAUUAUCUUCAUGCUGCGCAAAGUGGGCAUUAUCGGACCUCAUUUGACCAACUCCCCAACAGAGACUCCGCGACUGCUAUCUCCGCUCGUCCUGGAAGCAUCGCGUCGCGUCAUUGAAAUGUCUAUCGAUCUAUGCCAUUUGUUCCCUUAUCCGGAGGGCUUAUCGAUGGUACUGGUAUACUAUCGCAUUGAUAUUGCUACUGCGCUGCUUUAUUCUCACGUUUUACAUUCCACUGAUGAAAAUGCCACCGUGGAAGAUAUGCAGCGCCUUCUAGACUUAUCAAGAUGUGUCUUUUCUAUUGCCCAUGGCUGCCGCGAGCUCGCACCCAUUGGCAGGGCUAUGGAGGCUCUCAACAAGAUGGUGACAGAUCAUGGUGUCUCUACUUAA